AUGGCUUCCUGUGUUGAUUGCAAACCCAAAAUAGUCACCGGCUCGUUGGGUUAUGUCCUCGAAGACGUUCCACAUUUAUCCGAUUAUAUUCCUAACCUUCCUACAUUUUCUAAUCCUUUGCAGAACAAUCCCGCAUAUUCAGUAGUCAAGCAGUAUUUCGUGCACGUAGAUGACACUGUUCCUCAUAAGGUUGUUGUUCACAAAGAUAGUCCAAGAGGUGUACAUUUUCGGCGUGCAGGACCUCGCCAAAGGGUGUAUUUCCAACCAGACGAAGUUCAGGCAGCCAUUGUCACAUGCGGGGGUCUAUGCCCUGGACUCAACACUGUCAUUAGAGAAUUAGUAUGUGCCCUGUACCAUAUGUACGGUGUUAAGAGAGUUCUGGGAAUCGAUGGAGGUUACCGGGGCUUCUACGCUCGCAAUACAGUUAAUUUGAAUCCUAAGAAUGUGAACGAUAUACAUAAACGUGGAGGAACUGUUCUUGGGACGUCACGAGGUGGACAUGACACAACUAAGAUAGUCGACAAUAUUCAAGAUCGGGGGAUCAAUCAGGUUUAUAUAAUAGGAGGAGAUGGAACUCAGAAGGGAGCGUCUUUCAUUUUUGAGGAAAUUAGAAGGCGUGGCCUAAAAGUUGCAGUUGCUGGAAUUCCCAAAACCAUUGAUAAUGACAUCAUGGUUAUAGAUAAAUCCUUCGGGUUUGACACAGCAGUUGAGGAGGCUCAACGUGCUAUAAAUGCAGCACAUGUUGAAGCUGAAAGCAUUGAGAAUGGCAUUGGCGUUGUGAAGCUGAUGGGUCGUUAUAGUGGGUUUAUUGCAAUGUAUGCUACCCUGGCAAGUCGAGAUGUGGACUGUUGCCUGAUUCCGGAGUCAAACUUUUACCUUGAAGGUGAAGGUGGGCUUCUUGAGUAUAUAGAGAAAAGGCUCAAAGAAAAUGGGCACAUGGUUAUAGUCAUUGCCGAAGGGGCAGCGCAAGACCUUGUUUCAGAGAGCAUGCAAACCAUGGCCAAGCAGAAGGAUGCUUCUGGAAAUAAGCUUCUUCAAGAUGUUGGCCUUUGGAUAUCCCACAAGAUCAAGGACCAUUUUGCCAAACAUAAAACCAUGACCAUUAAUCUCAAAUAUAUAGAUCCAACCUAUAUGAUUCGGGCUGUUCCAAGUAAUGCAUCUGACAACGUCUACUGCACACUCCUUGCUCAAAGUGCUGUCCACGGAGCAAUGGCAGGUUAUACUGGCUUUACCAGUGGACUUGUCAAUGGAAGAUACACUUACAUACCUUUUUACAGAAUUACAGAGAGACAGAACUGUGUGGUGAUAACUGAUAGAAUGUGGGCACGGGUUCUGUCAUCAACGAAUCAGCCCAGCUUUUUGGGUCCUAAAGACGUCAUUACAGACCAAAGGGAAGAAACAGAAAUGUUAGAUGAGAUUGAUGAUCUUUCUUUAAAUGACAUUAUGGUCAAUACGGAAGGUGCAAUCUAA